UUAGAAUUUGUGAUAACAUCAGCCAGCUGUAUAUUUAAUCAAGGCAAUGUCAUCGUCCGCUUGGGGCAGUUAAAUAGCCAAAAUGAGCAUACUUUUAGUGACAAGUAUCGCAAUGAAGAAUACCAGGUGCAAAGUUCCUACAUUCACGGGUUCUACGAUCGAUGCAAUUUCGAGCAUGACAUAGCUUUGCUGGAACUUCAGAACAUAGUGCUCUAUAAGGCCCACAUACGUUCUAUUUGCCUUUGGUUAAACAAAACUGUUGCCGACACACAAGUGUAUAAAAGAUUUACAACAUCCCGCUGGCUUAUAGACAAGAAGGGUAUAUUGCCUUGGGUCCUGCCAAGCAAAAUAUAAGUCCUUACCCGAACCAACUGCCAAAAUGCCUUAAAAAUGUAUCGACAGAGUUCGCAUAUCUGUGUUGGCUAAAAAAAAAACCCUAAAAUAAAUCCCUUGUUUAAAAUUAUGCGCUAUGACAAAAAACUACUUUACACUCCUUUGGGAACUCGGAGUAAUGGCGAAUUUAAAACGUGUUUAUACAACGAUGUAACCAGCUACAUUGACUGGAUAUUGAUGAUAGUGCCGACUUGGGAUAAUUCCCACGCUUCAGAUUAUUGAA